AUGCGAGAGGCAGUUACAUUAACCCAGUCUCCCGCAACCAGUCAUCAAUCCCACUUAUAUUACAUUGGCGACGAGGAUAAAUCGGGAAGUGCAGGCGAAAAGCGAGUGUCGAGAGCCACACACGCGACGAGCGAGUCGACGUCCAAAAACGCGCAGCACAGCCUGACACAAAGGGCUAGCGGCUUCGAGAGAAACGAAUCAAGUCGACGAGACUGCAGCUACGGAGCUGUGCACCAGAGCCACAUCAAAGUAGCUCAACUGGGCGACUGGAAGAAAAAAGCAAAGCUUCGUCUACAAAGAUGGGCAUAUUUCCUAUCCGGAUAUAAAUAUAAAGUCGAAAUAGUAAAAUCAAAAGCGAACGGUAAUUGCGAUGCACUAUCAAGAUUGCCUAUAGACGAUAGUACCUUAGUUUUCGAAACUGAAUAUACUCAUAUAAAUUAUGUAGAAGAAGAGUGCCCAAUGGUAGAUUUUCAAGCCGUAAAGCGGGCGCUAGGUAACGAUAAAACGUUGAGAAAAAUCAUCUCAUAUACCCAGGCGGAUUGGCCUAAAACUACCGAACUAUCGGAAAUUGAAAAAACUUUCUAUACCAAACGUCACGAAUUAAGUUACGAAAAUGGUUGUUUAUCUUGGGGACAUAGAAUCGUGAUCCCAGAAAUUUUGCAAAAUAAAAUACUGCAGGCGAUACAUUCAUCUCAUCUAGGAAUAGUUAAAAUGAAACACAUUGCUCGAAACUACUUUUGGUGGCCAAACAUAGACGUAGAUAUAGAGAAUUUAGCGAAUUCUUGUUCGAAUUGUCUUGAGUCAAGACCAUACCCAACCAAAACUCCAUUAACCACAUGGUUAUGGCCCAGUCAGCCGUGGUCCCGAAUUCACAUGGACUUUGCGAAAUUUAAUGAUAGCAUGUUUUUAAUUGCAAUUGACGCACAUUCCAAGUGGCCAAUCGUGGUCAAUAUGAAAAACGACACGACUGCAAAAAAUCUGAUUAAAGAAAUAGACUCAAUUUUUGCCAAUAAAGGAUAUCCAGAUCACAUCGUUAGUGAUAAUGGAACCCAGUUCACUAGUAACGAGUUUGCAUCUUAUUUGAGAAAAUUCAGAAUCAAACAUACUUUUUCCGCACCCUUUUACCCAGCCACCAACGGCGCAGCGGAAAACUUUGUCAAAACAUUCAAGGAUAAAGUAAAAAAGAUCAUGAAAGAUGGUCAUUCUUUAGAAUUUUCUCUAAACAGAUUUUUAGCAGAUUACCGUAAUACUCCUCAUUGUUCAACAGGAGUAUCGCCAGCGCAAUUAAUGUAUAAGCGUAAAUUAAAGACUAGAUUCGACCUAAUCGUGGGCGAUACACGCCACACCGUAGAAGCACAUCAAUUCGAUCAACACCGCUUUACACACGGAAAUAGGCAUAUAGAAUUUCUCGUAGGCGACAUCGUAUAUGCAAGAGAUUAUCGUAAGGACACACCCGAAAACGCACGAGCAAUUACAGUCACACAAAGUUCACCAGCAAUGUAUACUGUCAAGUUUGCAGAUGGUUUUAUAACCAAAAGACACGUGAACCAAAUUGUUCGUACGGCGUUAAAGCCUCAACUAGAUAGAGGGGAAUCGGAGGCGCUUGGCAACAACUAUGCAUAUGACAAUAGUAUUAGCAAUGAGCGAGAAGAUUCUGUGAAUCUCCACAGCAAAAAGUGUAAGAGUGCAAACUCAAGUGUCAGUGCUUCAAAGGAGAAAGUGAAGCGUAAACGCAUAGACGGUAACAUGCCAGGUGCGGUGCGACGAUCGCCAAGAUUAGCUAACAACGUACAACAGUCAAACUAA